GUAGUACAACAAUGACAACAACAAUAAGCAAACAUGACUUACAACUACAACAGCAGCAACAACAACAACAACAACAACAACAGCAACAAUUGUUACUACUACAUCAGCCGGAGCAUGCGCAGCAAUCGCUACACGUGCAUUACACAGACCAACAACUGCAACAACAACAAGCAAAUUUACAAAAACAGCACCAUUCUUCACACUUAUUAAAAUCUACAGCCAAUAAAAGUUUGUUAAUUAAUAAUACCGUUAGUAGUUUAGUCGACAACACCACAAAUAUUUACGAUUUAGACGCUGCGACCGCAACGCUGACAACGGCAUCUCCAACUGCAACUGCUAGCAUCACAACAACAACAACCACUACAACAACCACAACACGCUUAGAUAGUGCAACCGCGAUUAUACAAAUAGACUCUUUGAACAACAACAACACAACUAGUUUAAGUGCCACAACCAACGCCAUCACAACCGCCACCACACCGACCAACAACAACGGCUGCGUAUUGAUACCAACCAGCGAUGCCAGCGCCGAGACGGAACCGAAAACUCAAAAGCGUCGCUCAUUGCUCAACUUCAAAUCGUUCGACUUUCACAUCAAAUCACUAUAUUCUGGCUUGCGUAACGGCAACAAACAUUCGCACUCACAAUCGUCUUCGCUGGGCGGUUGUGGCGGUGCUGGCAGCAAAAGUGGCGGCGGCGGCGGCGGUAGCGCUGCCGACAGUGGUGAUGGUAGAAUCGAUAAUGCGAAUGGUAGCGGUUUACUGGACGCCGUCACGCCGUUGGGUAGUCGCGGCGGCACAGCCAUCAACAAUCGUAUGCCGCCCUAUCUGAAGAUCGAAUCAGUCGAUGCUGAGGAAGCGGAGAAUCUACUGCUCGAUUAUCCGCAAUCGCCGUACUCGUCGCGUCGCAAUAGCUCACACGAAGACGACAAUCAUUCCAGUUCGCAGCUGUUGCACAUCAAUCGUUACGACAUGUGUUCGCGUUCGCAGGCGAGUUCGCCCUCGCCGUACUACCUGUCGCCGUAUGCCAUCGAUUCGGGCAAUAUACGACGCUCCUCUACGUCGGACAUUAUGUCGUGCAAGCGCAGCGGUACAUCCAGCGCGAGUGAUAGCCGUCGGCCGAGCACGAGCGAUCUGUUGCGGAAGGCGCGUGAACGGCGCGGUAGCGAGGCGCGAAUGGGCCGCAGCGUUUCGCAUAGUGGACUGCCGCGUGGUGGAUCACGUAUAGGUGCGGGUGGCGGCGGCGGCGGUGGACGUCGUACGAGUAUGGCAUUUUAAAUUUGUACUAGGCAAUAAUUUAUGACCAAGUGUGUUUAAAUAAAAGGUAAAAGUUAGUCGAGUAUUUCUAUGCGUUCGCAAGCGCAGUGGACUUUGUCGAGUCAUGUGUAUUCUUGAUGCUCUUGUACAUCGUUAUGCAAUUAAGUGCUUAUGAAUUUUUAAAAUUUAAUUAGAGAAAAUUUAAAAUUAUCGUAACAUAUAACUA